AUGCUCUGGUUAGUAUAUGGUACAGCAGGCUGGAUUGGUGGGCAAUGUCGUGAUUUACUGCACGUUGCUGGUCAAAAAGUAAUAACCGGUCGACGUAUAGCAAGUUUAAAAGAUGUCGAAGAUGAUAUCGCCACAUAUAAACCUGAUCGUGUUAUUUGUGCUAUUGGCCGUACACACGGUGAAGGUGUUCCAAAUAUUGAUUAUUUAGAAAAACCAGGCAAACUCAAAGAUAACAUGCGUGAUAAUCUAUUAGCACCAAUGUUUAUUGCACAAGCUACAAUGCAACAUGAUAAAUUGAGUGCUCCCAUUCCAACACUUUAUUUUGGCACUGGUUGUAUUUAUGAAUUGGAAAAUUUACAAGAUACAAGUCAUCCAUUUACGGAAAACGAUCAACCAAAUUUUUUUGGUUCAUCUUAUUCGACUGUUAAAGGUGCAACUGAUUUAUUGAUUGAUGCUUAUCCACAUGUAAUCAAUGCUCGUAUUCGCAUGCCAAUAUCGGAUGAACCGAAUCCAAGAGAUUUCAUUACGAAAAUUCUUGGUUAUAAAAAAAUUACAUCGUUACCAAAUAGCAUGACUGUUAUGUCAGAUGUCUUACCAAUACUUUUGGCAAUUACACAUGAUGGUAAAUUUGGCGGUCGAGUAAAUGCAUGCAAUAAAGGAUGGGUCGAUCAUGAUUGGAUUCUUAAGACAUAUCAAGAGAAAACAGGUGAAAUUUUGAACUAUGAAUUAGAGCCAGCUGAAGAACAAAGUGCACGUUUAGCAGCACGUCGUUCAAAUAAUGUUUUAACUACCGAUAAAUUAGAGCAAUGGUUGAAAUUGUUAUCACCGGAUACGCGCAAACUUUAUUAUACACCACAUAUUUUACCUGAAUUAAAAAAAUCUAUUGAAGCGAUAUGUUUACACCGAGCAAACAUGAAAGCGUCUUAUACUCUAGAACAAAAUGAAGUACGACGAUUACUUGUUACUGGUGGUUGUGGAUUUAUCGGCAGUAAUUUUAUUAAUUAUUGGCUCAAAGCCUAUCCUCAAGAUUAUAUUGUCAAUGUUGAUAAACUUGAUACCUGCUCGAAUAUACACAAUGUUGAACAAUCUGAUUCGCCGAAAUAUAAAUUAGUUGUUGCAAGUAUUAACAAUAAAGAUUUAAUGUUGCAUUUAAUGAAACAAUAUGAUAUUACACAUGUUGUUCAUUUUGCUGCACAAACACACGUGGAUACAUCAUUUGGGAAUAGUAUUCUAUUUACUGAAUCGAAUAUUUUUGGUACGCAUUGUUUACUCGAAGCAAGUCGAAUCUAUAAUAAACUGAGGAAAUUCAUACAUAUUAGUACGGAUGAAGUUUAUGGAGAGUGGCCAGCAGGUAGUUGUCAUGAAACAGCUGUGCUCAAUCCAACAAAUCCGUAUGCAGCAACAAAAGCAGCGGCUGAAUUUCUUGUUAAAUCUUAUGGUGAAAGUUUUAAAUUACCAUAUGUUAUAACACGUGGCAAUAAUGUCUAUGGUCCAUAUCAAUUUACUGAAAAAGUCAUUCCUCGAUUUAUUACAUUGAUAAUGAAUGACGAAAAAAUGACCAUACAAGGUGAUGGAAAACAAGUUCGAAAUUUUAUCUAUGUCACCGAUACCGUACGCGCUGUUGAUCUUGUUAUUCGCAAAGGAAAACUAAAAAUGAUUUAUAACAUUGGUUCAAAAGAUGAAAUUAAAGUUAUGGAAAUAGCUACAAUACUUCUUAAAUUGAUGAAACCAGAAGCUAAAGUUGAGGAUUAUAUUAUUUAUGUGAAAGAUCGCUAUUUUAAUGAUUGUCGAUAUUCAGUCAUGACCGAUGCACUUGAAAGUUUAGGUUGGAAACAAGAAAUUAAAUUUGAUGAAGGUAUUCGUGAGACAAUUAAAUGGUAUCAAGAACAUCCUGAUCAUUGGCAGAAUGAGGCUACUUAA